GAGGGAAGGGGGCUUCGGGAAGGUGGAGGAGGGACGUCCAAUCCGCGGGCGUCCGGGCUCGCACUCUGGCCAAUCAGCAUUUGCCUCGCGCACAAUGUGUCGCGGCGAGGGCGGUUCUCCAUCACGUUAGGGUGCGUUGGGCGGUGGCCGGGUAUAAAAGACUCCGCCCGAGCGGGCGGCCGCCAUUCUGGGGUUCGUUUAGAGGUUGAAUUUUCUCGGAGAAAGACAGGCCGGCCAUCAGGAAAACAAACAAGCCUCAGCAACAUCUAAACCCUUGAAAGGAUCCUGAGAGGGGGGAAAGGGAAAUCAGCCACCAGCCCAACCACUUGUGUCUUCUGCCCUUCCCCACCUAUCUUGCCCACCCCACCAGCCCACGCUGCUUGGGACUUGAAAUCUGUGGCCGAAGGACCGUCACCACAUAACUUCAAAAAUAAUCAACCACCUUCCCUGCCCAAACCCACCCAAUCUCACUCAUCCAGCAUUUCCGUUUUGGAAUCCACUCAGACUUUUUUUUUCAACGACCCCCUCUCCCUAAAUGGAGUUGGGUGGGGGGGAAAUGAAAACUGAGUUGGUCUUUACUUUUUUAAAAGAGACUUUUUGAUCCAAUGAGGCCCCACAAGUAACUGAGUUUGGGUCCUGGUUGGUUGCUUUAUUUUUUUUCCUCCAAAAUUUUACCCCUCCCCCCUGAGCCCGAGGUGCUGACGUCGCAAAAAAAUUGGAUAAAGCCACCAUCAUGGGUUCAGGUCCCAUAGACCCCAAAGAACUUCUCAAGGGCCUGGAUAGCUUCCUUACCCGGGAAGGAGAAGUGAAGAGUGUGGAUGGGAUUUCCAAGAUCUUCAGUCUAAUGAAGGAGGCACGAAAGAUGGUGAGUCGAUGCACGUACUUGAACAUAAUCCUGCAGACCCGCGCUCCAGAAGUGCUCGUCAAGUUUAUUGAUGUCGGUGGCUACAAGCUUCUGAACAACUGGCUAACCUAUUCCAAGACCACCAACAACAUUCCUCUCCUACAGCAGAUUCUGCUGACUCUGCAGCACCUCCCGCUUACUGUGGACCAUCUCAAGCAGAACAACACAGCAAAACUAGUGAAGCAGCUCAGCAAGUCAAGUGAGGAUGAAGAGCUCCGGAAAUUGGCAUCAGUCCUUGUCAGUGACUGGAUGGCUGUCAUCCGCUCCCAGAGUAGCACCCAGCCUGCAGAGAAAGAUAAGAAGAAAAGGAAGGAAGAGGGGAAAAGUCGAACCACGCUUCCUGAGCGGCCUUUGACUGAAGUGAAAGCUGAGACCCGGGCUGAGGAAGCCCCAGAGAAGAAGAAAGAGAAGCCCAAGUCACUUAGAACUACGGCACCCAGUCAUGCCAAGUUCCGUUCUACUGGACUGGAGCUGGACACCCCAUCUUUGGUGCCUGUGAAGAAGAACUCCAGCACUGUGGUUGUGUCAGACAAGUACAACCUGAAGCCCAUCCCCCUGAAGCGGCAGAGUGCCACAGCUGCUCCAGGUGAUGCUGCCCCACCUGCAGAGAAGAAAUACAAGCCUCUCAACACAACCCCCAAUACCACCAAAGAAAUCAAAGUGAAGAUCAUCCCUCCACAGCCUAUGGAGGGCCUGGGUUUUCUGGAUGCUCUCAAUUCAGCCCCUGUCCCAGGCAUCAAAAUUAAGAAGAAGAAGAAGGUUCUAUCGCCAACUGCUGCCAAGCCCAGCCCUUUUGAAGGGAAAACAAGCACUGAGCCGAGCACAGCCAAACCUUCCUCCCCAGAGCCUGCACCACCUGCUGAGCCCAUGGACACGGACCGCCCUGGCACCCCUGUUCCCCCUGUUGAAGUUCCAGAGCUCAUGGAUGCAGCCUCUUCAGAGCCAGGAGCUCUGGAUGCAAAGCCUGUGGAGAGCCCUGGAGAUCCCAACCAGCUGACUCGCAAGGGCAGAAAGAGGAAAACUGUGACUUGGCCUGAGGAGGGCAAGCUGAGAGAGUAUUUCUACUUUGAACUGGAUGAAACUGAGCGAGUGAAUGUGAACAAGAUCAAGGACUUCGGGGAGGCUGCUAAGCGUGAGAUACUGUCGGACCGACAUGCUUUCGAGACAGCUCGGCGACUAAGCCAUGACAAUAUGGAGGAGAAAGUGCCCUGGGUGUGUCCCAGGCCUCUGGUUCUGCCCUCACCUCUUGUCAUCCCAGGAAGCAACAGCCAGGAGCGAUACAUCCAGGCUGAGCGGGAGAAGGGCAUCCUUCAGGAACUCUUCCUGAACAAGGAGAGUCCCCAUGAGCCUGAUCCUGAGCCAUAUGAACCCAUUCCCCCGAAACUCAUCCCCUUGGAUGAGGAGUGUGCCAUGGAUGAGACUCCAUAUGUAGAGACCCUGGAGCCUGGAGGGUCUGGUGGCUCACCUGAUGGAGCAGGAGGCUCCAAGCUGCCUCCAGUUCUGGCCAAUCUUAUGGGAAGCAUGGGAGCUGGAAAGAGUCCCCAGGGCCCUGGAGGAGGCGGCAUCAAUGUUCAGGAGAUCCUCACUUCCAUAAUGGGCAGUCCAAACAGCCACCCUUCAGAGGAGCUGCUGAAGCAGCCCGACUACUCAGACAAGCUCAAGCAGAUGCUGGUGCCACAUGGGCUCCUAGGUCCUGGUCCUGUGGCCAAUGGCUUCCCACCAGGAGGCCCUGGGGGCCCGAAGGGUAUGCAGCAUUUCCCCCCUGGUCCUGGAGGGCCCAUGCCAGGUCCCCAUGGAGGCCCUGGUGGACCAGUGGGUCCACGUCUCUUAGGUCCCCCACCACCUUCUCGGGGAGGUGAUCCAUUCUGGGAUGGCCCAGGUGAUCCCAUGCGAGGUGGCCCAAUGCGUGGGGGUCCAGGACCUGCUCCCGGACCAUACCACAGAGGCCGAGGGGGUCGAGGAGGAAAUGAGCCACCGCCACCACCUCCAUUCCGAGGAGCCAGAGGAGGUCGUUCUGGAGGAGGACCGCCAAAUGGCCGAGGGGGUCCUGGUGGAGGAGGCAUGGUUGGAGGUGGUGGACACCGCCCCCAUGAAGGACCUGGAGGGAACAUGGGCAGUGGACAUCGUUCCCAUGAUGGCCCUGGAGGGAACAUGGGCAGUGGACAUCGUUCUCAUGAUGGCCCUGGAGGGAACAUGGGUGGAAGUGGUGGACAUCGUUCCCAUGAAGGCCCUGGACACGGAGGACCCCAUGGACACCGGCCACACGAUGUCCCUAGCCAUCGAGGCCACGACCAUCGAGGGCCACCACCUCAUGAACACCGUGGACAUGAUGGCCAUGGGGGAGGCGGCCACCGAGGGCAUGAUGGAGGCCACAGUCAUGGAGGAGACAUGUCAAACCGCCCUGUCUGCCGACACUUCGUGAUGAAGGGCAACUGCCUCUAUGAGAACAACUGUGCCUUCUACCACCCAGGGGUCAAUGGGCCCCCACUGCCCUAGGCCUGCCUGCCCUACCCACACCCCUGUGG